AUGUUCGAUCACAGCGGCCGCUUUCUUGUCAAAGUUGCUGCUCCGCUCCUCAAGCGGACCAUCGACGACGUCGGCGAUGGCCCAGGCCAACCCCUCAGCUCCCUAAAUGGGUCUGGGGUCGCUUACACCGUGAGCAACGUCUAUCCUCUCCUCGCCAUUGUCGAGGAUGAGAAUGCCCCGCCUGGCUAUCGGCCCUUGUCCCUGGAAGACCCUGUGCCCGGUGCCGACGCCGACGCCGACGCCGAGGCUCCCCGUGCCGCCGACGUGCCCAUAACCUCCAGCCUCCGUCGCACCCACGCUCUCCUCCAGUCCACCGGCGGCUGGCGCGCCUCGUUCCGUGGCAUUGUCCCCUUCUUCGUUUACGGUCUCCUCUACUCCAUUAUCGGACACCCACUCGCGAUUGCGCUUGGCCCGAUUCUUUCGCCCUUUGCCAUCAUCAUCGCCGCCCUCGUCACCGUUCAGUUUAGCACCGUCUGGGUCCAUGUUGUCCUGACGCCCUCCAGCUCUGUUUCUUGGUGGAGGCGCCUUCCUCCGUUUGCGAGCACUUUCCGUGCCGUCGCUCUCCCCACCGUCAUAACGAUGUUGGCGAGCGUUGCCAGCGUGUAUAUCCCCGCUCUCAUCGGUCUGGCAGCCGGUCUUCCCUUCUUCUCCCCGGACCGCAAACCCGAGAUCCCUUCCGAUACCAAGACCGCCGUCAUUACCGUUGUCGUCAUCCUAUCUACUCUCGCUUUGCAGCUUGUCUUGACCCUGCCCACACUCGCCAUCCUUUUCCGUAUCCAGGCUAGCCUUCUCUCUCCCGACGAGGAUACCAUCAUCCCCUUUGAUCGUUCUUUCGGCGGCCGCCUCGAGCCUGCCGUUGUCGGUGGCAAGCCUUUUGCCUCUGUACGUGACGCCUGGGCCUCUCUUUCUCGCCCUGCUCUCAGGCGCAUCAUCAUCGUCUUCGCCAAGGUUUACGGUGUCAACUUUGUGUUCUGGCUCGCUCUUGGGGCCUUUGUUGUUCCUCAACUGCUCCUUGGCUCUCACUUUAGCAAGGCCGCAUCUGGAAGCGUCAUUUGA